AUGUGGAAGGACAGGCAGGCUCUACAAUGUCUGAUUUCAGUUCUUCUUGCCUUCCUGACAUCUGCUUCCUUAUCACCUGGACAACCGAAGUACAUGGUGCUGGUCCCUUCCCUGCUCUACACUGAGUCCCCUGAGAAAAUCUGCUUCCAUCUGUACGAUCUGAAUGAGACAGUGACUGUCAGGGCCUCCUUGCAGUCUAGCUGGGGAACCAGAAGUCUGUCCAAUGAGUUUGUGGUUGACCAGGACUAUUUCCACUGUGACUCCUUCACUCUCCCCAGAGUCUCAGCUUCGGAUGAGAAGGUGUCCCUCUCUGUCCACAUCAAAGGACCAACACAUGAAUUCAACAAAACGAGUAUGGUACUGGUGAAGAACCAAGAAAGUGUUGUCUUUGUCCAGACAGACAAACCCGUGUACAAAUCAGGACAGUCAGUCAAGUUUCGGAUUGUCUCUAUGGAUAAAAACCUACGCCCCCUGAAUGAGUUGUUUCCUCUGGCUUACAUUGAGGAUCCAAAGACGAAUCGAAUUAUGCAGUGGCGGGAUAUUAACACAGAGCAUGGGCUAAAGCAGCUGUCCUUCAGCCUGUCAUCAGAGCCUAUUCGGGGCCUCUACAAGAUAGUGAUAGUGAAAAAAUCAGGACUGAAGACAGAGCACUCCUUCACCGUGGAGGAAUUCGUGCUUCCCAGGUUUGAAGUUCAAGUAAAGGUCCCAAAGGUCAUCACUGUGCAAGAUGAAAAAAUAAAUGUGACUGUGUGUGGAGUCUAUACCUAUGGGAAGCCUUUACCAGGACAGGUAAAGAUGCACAUAUGCUGUGACUACCAGGAUUCUAGUGGAAAGGGAGAGGGUGCAUGCAUACCAGUCAGUUACCAGCUAGACAACAAUGGCUGCACCACACAAGAAGCGAACAUCGCUGUGUUUCAAUUAAAGGAAAGAUAUUAUGAAGUCCAGCGUCUUUUUGUGAUGGCAACGAUUAUAGAAGAAGGGACAGGAUUCAAGUUCAUGGGAUCUGGGACAUCUAAAUUUGAAAGAAGCACAACCAAACUCAUAUUUGUGAAAGCAGAUUCACACUUUAAAAGCGGAAUUCCAUUCAUAGUGAAAGUCCGCCUAGUGGAUAUCAAAGGAGCUCCCAUGCCAAAUGAGCAAGUCUUCAUCAAAGCACAUGAACUUGACUACACCAAUGUUACUACCACUGAUCAGCAUGGCCUGGCGGAGUUCUCCAUCAACACCACCAACAUCGAGGGGUCUUCCCUCACUAUCAAAGUCUACCACAAGGAGGAAAAUUCAUGUAUCCAUCACCCUUGUACAGCAGAAGAGCAUGCAGAGAUACAUCAUGUGGCUCACAGUGUGUACUCCUUCAGCAGGAGCUACGUCCACCUGGAGACAGAGGCCGGGGUCUGGCUCUGCAGUCAGAAUCACACGGUUCGGGCACAUUUCAUUCUGCAGGGGCCGAUCUUAAGAGUGAUGGGAGAGCUUAUCUUUUAUUACCUGGUCAUGGCCAAGGGCAGAAUUAUCCAGACUGGAAGCCACACUCACCACAUGGAACCAGGAGAAUUUCCAGUGAAAGGCAGCUUUGCCCUGGAAAUCCCUGUGGAUUUCAGCAUGGCUCCUGAGGCUAAAAUACUCAUCUAUACCAUCUUGCCUGAUGGAGAAGUGGUUGCAGAUUCUGCAAAAUUUGAAGUUGAAAAGUGUCUUCUCAACAAAGUGGACCUGACCUUCACCCCAGCCCAAAGUCUUCCCGCCUCACAGGCCCAUCUGCAUGUCACAGCUUCUCCUCAGUCCCUCUGUGGCCUAAGAGCUGUGGACCAAAGUGUGCUGCUCCUGAGGCCUGAAGCUGAGCUUUCCCCUUCCUGGAUAUACAACCUGCCAGAUGUGCAGCCCAGCAGCUCCAUCCCAGGUUCACACCAACUACCUGAAGACAUGCAACCAUGUUGGUUGGUUAGCGAUAAGGGUGGACUCCCACUCUUACGACCAGAAGAGAGGGAUGUCUACAGUUACGUGGAGGACAUGGGCUUAAAGGCAUUCACCAACUUGAAGAUCAAAUAUCCUAAAGUAUGUCCUGAAGAUGAAAAGAUUCUUCCAAUGCAAGGUAAAAAUAGCAAAUUAGCAUUGCCUGCUAAGGCAUAUGAUGAUGGGACUAACAGAGAACAUAAAGAAAUCAAAAGCAUACCAACACGUAAAGAUCCACCACCUAGUAAAGAUCCACCACGUGAAGAUCCACCUACUGAGACCAUUAGAAAAUACUUCCCUGAAACCUGGAUCUGGGAUUUAGUCACAGUAAACUCAUCAGGAGUAGCUGAAGUGGAUGUGACAGUCCCUGACACCAUCACUGAGUGGAAGGCUGGAGCCCUCUGCCUUUCCAGUGAAACUGGACUUGGCCUCUCCCCUGCGGUGUCUCUCCAAGCCUUCCAGCCCUUCUUUGUGGAGCUCACGAUGCCCUACUCUGUGAUCCGUGGAGAAGCCUUCACACUCAAGGCCACCGUGCUGAACUACCUCCCUACAUGCAUCCAGGUCAGUGUGCUGCUGGAAGACUCCCCUGACUUCACAGCUGUCCCAGUGGCAAAAGAUGAAGAUUCUUACUGCCUCUGUGCCAAUGGGAGGCACACCACAUCCUGGUUGGUAACUCCCAAAUCCUUAGGGAAUGUGAAUUUCUCUGUGACUGCGGAAGCACGGCAGUCCCCAGAGCCUUGUGGUUCUGAGGUGGCCACUGUUCCUGAAACUGGGAAGAAGGACACAGUUGUCAAAGUCCUGAUAGUGGAGCCCGAAGGAAUUAAGAAAGAACAUACCUUCAGUUCACUGCUCUGUGCCUCAGAUGCUGGCAUAUCUGAAAAAUUGUCCCUGAUGCUCCCAUCAACAGUAGUGAAAGAUUCAGCCAGAGCCCAUUUCUCUGUGUUGGGUGGUAUCUUGAGUACAGCCAUAAAAAAUACACAAAAUCUUCUUGAAAUGCCCUUUGGCUGUGGGGAGCAGAACAUGGUGCUUUUUGCUCCUAACAUCUAUGUACUGAAAUAUCUGAAUGAGACCCAACAGCUGACUGAGAAGACCAAGUCAAAGGCCAUCGGCUACCUCAAUACUGGCUACCAGAGGGAGCUGAACUACAAACACAAGGAUGGCUCCUACAGUGCCUUCGGGGAUCAAGGCGGCAAGAGUGAAGGAAGCACUUGGCUCACAGCCUUUGUGCUCAAGUCUUUUGCCCAAGCUCGAGCCUUCAUCUUCAUCGAUGAAACACACAUCACCCACGCCUUCACCUGGCUCUCCCAGCAGCAGCAGGACAAUGGCUGUUUCAGGAGCUCUGGAGCGCUGUUCCACAAUGCCAUGAAGGAACCUGUUGUCUCCAAAGCACUGACCUGCCUGGAGUCAUCCUGGAAGACAAUAGAGCACAGUGGAAAUGGCAACUUUGUGUACACCAAGGCACUGCUGGCCUAUGCUUUUGCUCUGGCAGGGAACCAGGACAAGAGAAAUGAAAUCCUAAAAUCACUUGACACUGAAGCUGUAAAAGAAGACAACUCCAUCCAUUGGGAAAGAGCUCAAAAACCCAGGAAAUCCGAGAGGUAUCUGUACAAACCACAGGCUCCCUCUGCUGAAGUGGAGAUGAAUGCCUAUAUCCUCCUUGCUCUCCUCACUGCCCAGCCAGCCCCAGCCCCUGAGGACCUAUCACUGGCAGUGCGCAUCGUGAAGUGGAUCACGAAGCAGCAGAAUUCCCGUGGUGGCUUCUCUUCCACACAGGACACGGUGGUGGCUCUUCAUGCUUUGUCCAAGUAUGAAACAAUUACUUUUGUCAGAAGCCAGAAAACUCCUCUGGUGACCAUCCAAUCUUCAGGGACAUUUUCCAGAAAGUUCCAAGUAGACAACAGAAAUCACCUAUUACUACAGCAGGUCCCACUACCAGACAUCCCAGGAGACUAUGACAUCAAUGUGUCAGGGGAAGGAUGCGUGUAUGCUCAGACAACGCUAAGAUACAACGUGCACUUGGAGAAACAGGAGUCUGCAUUCACUCUGCGGGUACAGACAGUACCUCUGACUUGUGAUAACCCCGAAGGCCACAACAGCUUCCAGAUCUCACUAGAAAUCAGUUACACAGGCAGCCGUCCAUCCUCCAACAUGGUGAUUGUUGAUGUGAAGAUGGUUUCUGGUUUCAUUCCAAUGAAACCAACAGUGAAAAAGCUUGAAAGAUCAGAGCACGUGAGCAGAACAGAAGUGAGCAACAGCAACGUCUUAGUAUAUGUGGAUCAGGUGACCAAUCAGACACUGGCCUUUUCCUUCAUCAUUCAACAAGACAUCCCAGUGAGGAACCUGCAGCCUGCCAUUGUGAAAGUCUAUGACUACUAUGAGACAGAUGAAAUGGUUUUUGCUGAAUACAGCGCCCCCUGCAGCUCAGGCUAUAUUCCCUUGACCAGAGAACCACCAGCUGAUGGCCAAACGACAUGA